AUGUUUUCUUGCAAACAAUUGCCCUUUGGAAUGUACAUUAAUUUGCUCUGUGUGCCCUGUGUUGUUGUGCAGAACACCAUCCUAAUUAAAAUCAAACAGAAGGUCAUCUUGGUCAUUUAAUACUUUUGGGCCUUCACCCAAAGCUUGUUUCUCAACUGUUCCAGCCGAAGCUCAACUCAAAUUCAGAGCUUGUAAGAAACCUAAAAUGGAGGGCUUCCUGUGCGCUCUUUUAACCUUCUAAAUUGCCGCAAAAUUCAGAUUCGGCUAUUCACAGAAUCACUGCAGAUCCGUUUUUCUGCAGUUAAAAGCUUGAACCCAUUGCUGCGGUUGAUAAAAUUAGGGUUGAAAACCACUUUGAAAGUUUGCUCUUUCAAUUGUUCAAAGCAUGAACCUUGUUGGCGCACAUGGACACAGCUUUACAGACCAAGCCUUGUAGAUUUGGUGAUAAGAAUACUAGUGACAUUGUUAUAUGCUUGAAGAAUAGAGAAGGGAUACCGAAACAGUUCUACAGCCAUUCCUCUGUUCUCAUAAAUAAGAGCAAGUACUUUGCCAAUAGGCUUUCUCAUCCAGGCUCUAAUAACUCUAAUAAUUGCAUUGAUAUUUAUUGCUCAGAGGUUAACUAUGAUCACCAUGUCAACCUGUUGAGGCUUCUGUAUCUUCCAACAGACUCAAUUUUGGAUUCAUUCGACUCUGUGAAAUCUGCCGUUGGUAUUCUUCAGUUAGCCGUUGUUUUCCAGUGUGAAGAGAUUGCAUGCUGCUGCAUCCAUUACUUGGAGGCUGUUCCUUGGGAGGACAAAGAAGAGGAACUUAUCCUAAAAGCAGUUUCCAAAUUGGGUCCAAUAGCUAUGCCCAUAUUAGCUAGGAUCCAACCUGUUGAUUUAGCUGCCACCAAAGAUGUUUUUGUCUCAGCAGUUCGCAUUGCCACAUCCAUUGCUGGACCAUGUCCUCCAUUUGGCAACGAGCUUAAAACGUCUGCUCAAGAACAAGUUGAAUUCAUGUUAGGAGAAGACGAGGAUGCACCGUUGGUCACAGCCGAUGAGGAAGUAAAAUCAGUGUUGAGAUUGGGCCUAUCCCAGAUUUAUUCAUCAUUUGAAAAGGAAUUGUCUUCCCUGCUUUUGGAGCCCGACCUUGUGUCCGAGAGAGCAGAGGAGAAAAUAUUGCACAGCUUAUCUGACCUUGAAUGGAUGUGUAACAUACUUGGGAAGAUGGAUUUAAUGAAGGAUUUUGUCUCCAACUGGGCUGAAAGCUCCAGUAAUGUUUUAGGGGUGGUUGAGAAUAAUAAACUUGAUUCUUUUAUGUGGGGUUUGAAAAUAAAGCUCAUAGAAAUUACUGCUAAAGUCCUGGAAGCAGUUGGCUAUGGCAAUGUGAUUCUUCCAACUCCAAUCCGGUUGACAUUACUAAAGACAUGGCUUCCUUACAUAAGGAAGAUGAAGCCCCUUUUGGAUUCGAAGGGCAGUGAGGAGACAGGUUUUCCGUACAAGAUGAGUGAAGACUUGUGCCAGAGCAUAGAAGGGGCCAUGGUAACCUUGGUACUGGCAUUGCCGUCGAACGAUCAAGCAGACAUUCUGGCAGACUGGAUGGGAGCCGAGCAGGUUCGGUAUCCCGACUUAAGUGAGGCCUUUGAGGUCUGGUGUUUCAGAACAAAGUCUGCAAAGAGAAGAUUAGUGGAGGGCUUGGAUGGGGCUGGCAAUGCCACUGUUAGCCUCUGAAAGUUUUUGCUUGCUCACUUCUUCUUAUAUGUUGUAAAAUUAUUCGGUUCAUGAUGUUAUUCAUGUAAUUUGACAGAAUUAAGCUCCUUUCAAAGAAUUGAGCUUUAUUUCCAUGCAGUUCCCAAGCAUUACAAGUUCUAUUUUUU